AUGUAUCUCCACCCAUCCCCUUGCUCAAAUCUCUACACUAUCUCUUCUCGUUUUUCGCUGCACUCCAGCAUGUUUUCUCAUAUAUCUCCCCGUUGCUUCCUGUUUGACCUUAGGUCACCUUUCCCCUUGGUAGAACCAAAAAGCCUUCAGAUCAGUUCCAUCUCUUUGCGAAGACAUGCCCACGGGCCUCUUUUGCUUUGUAGCAAUAGACGCUCGCCAACCCUCUUGAGCACAAAUCUCCCAACAAACAAGAAUCGCACAAUUCGAAAAUUCAAGCCGCUAGACUGCGAUCCCCUUCUACCUUGGAUCUUACCAAACUCUCGACCUCGCACCCAUAGCACACUCGGUUCGCCUCUUCAUUUUGUCCUAAAGGCCGUGGACCACCUCCCGCAUAAGUUUGACGACGUCCUCACGAAUCUAUCCACAUGCCUUCUGUUGCCCUUGUCCUCUAUGGUGAAUACCCCCGCCCCCUCCCAUCCGCUUUGCCGGCCAUCUUGGCAAGACCUAAAGGUUAACAAUCUUUACCAAAUUGAUCAUAACUUGAACGUCCCGAUACCCAUUGUCCCCGUACGUCCUCUUCCUCGUUCUAUCACUCUUCCUCGUAUUCUACAACGACUUCUCGAAAAGUUAUUUUUGGCUCACCCCAUCGUUUUCAGAGCUUGUAUUCCUACUUUCAUUCUCGAAUCGCGACAUUUGAAUAUGCCUCCUCGAGAUGUGUCCCCCAUUGACUUUACUCGCUUUCUCUCUGCUCUGGUAUUCGGCAAAGCUUGGGCACGCUUAUCCACGCGCUCUUACCGCAUGACCUGUUCUCAUCAACAUGUUCAUGCUCAAUCGUUUAACCCCUAUCUUAUAUUGGAAAAGGUGUCCACUUUCACAUAUGUCAAGUGA